ACAUUGGUAUCGGCCUAAACGUUGCAGAAAUUUUACGAAAAAGGCGAUGACAGUCGGUUGAGGCGACUUUGGAGAUCAGUCUCUCGGAAGAUUAUGAUAUAAGGUCACCGGUAGAACCGAGGAUCAAUCAUCCGGUACGCGCAGACACGAGAAUGACAACUUACGCGGCCUUCCAACAGUACGAUCUCCUGGACUCCGAAGGCUACGGAUCGGCGAGUAGCCCGGAAUCGAAUCCGCGUGGCAAUUGGCAUCACCAGGAGAUCUAUCCGCAGCCGCCGCGAUCCAGGGGCAGCAGCUGCGGCAGCGUCAGCUCCGUAGACAGCCACCACCAGCAGGAGUACCAAGAGAUCGGUAGCACCCCAAAUGGCAGCCUCCACGUGACAGCUGGCUUCAACUUUGGCGACUUCUACGAGGGCUAUUAUCAGGAGAGUGGCUGUCGGAACGAGCAUCAGCCAACGUUGAACAGCGUCCGAAAUAUCAAAGAUCAUCACCCCAAGAUGACUUACAGAAUGAACGAGCAGUGCAUGUCUUACGACGAUGCAACGUCCAGGAUGACUUUCAACGAGAGUAGCGUAAACAAGCAAGAGCCCGCGGGAUACGUUCCAAAAAUGGACCAUCAUCCAGGGAUGUUUGCGAGUUCCAGAAUCGACUUUGGGCAGAGUCAGGAGGCAAUUUUCGCCACGAAAAGCUACGUAAAAAACGGUAUCUAUCAUCCGAGGAAUGAAAGUCACCCUUAUACUCAGAGAACGGAUGUUCUCUACCUAGGCGCCGCUUAUAACGUGCCGAGGAAUGAAGCUAACUUGGCGAACGGUCAGCCGGGCAAAUGCGAUCAGUCGAGGUACCAUCAGAGAAACGAGAGUCUUCACGUUCUGCCAGCGGAAUACAUCGGGCAAAAGUCCAAGGAACCGGCGGUGCAGAAGAUGAAGAACAGCACGCCCGGCAUCGAAGUACUAAGGAAAAGGCGACUGGCGGCGAACGCCAGAGAAAGAAGGAGAAUGAACAGCUUGAACGACGCUUUCGACAGACUCCGGGAUGUCGUUCCCAGUUUGGGUAACGACAGAAAGCUCAGCAAGUUCGAGACCCUACAAAUGGCGCAAACUUAUAUCUCCGCGCUUUACGAACUGCUCCAGCGCGAAUAAACACGAGUUUCACGACAGAAAUUCUCUUGUUCGAAAGGAGAUCGAGCGUACUACUCGAUGUCAUCGUGAUGGAUCCUUGAAGCUCGCGAAAUAUCGAAUAUGGGACUUGGAAAAUGACGAGAUAAUUCGCGUUUUUGAAAAGAUUGACGAAAAUCUCGAGUACCGAAGUUAACCAGAUCGGACAUCGUCUUCGUGGGAUUCUGCAGGGGUGCUUCCCGUUUGAGUUUCCACCGUUCGAGACGCUGAUUGAAAGAUCGAGCCUUCAAGAUCCGUCCUUCCUUCGAGACAGACUUCAACUGCAGGUAAUGACGAAUUGCCGGGAUACCGAGAAGGAGACGGCUCGCUCGCGGAAAGCAUGAGAAUUAACGAGCAAACUGGGACUCGCGACUUCAUUAACUUGUAAAUGAGUCACUCAACCACGGCGACAUCGACCGUAAACGGAGAGCAGAAGUACGUAAGCAGAAAAACACAAUACCGGCGUUGUUAUCGCGGUCAAAGUUUUCAGGAGGUUCGCUCGUUAGACAUGUCAAAGCUCGAUUGACAUGUCAAAAAAUGUCGAAAAAUCGCCCUU